AUAAAUGCAGUGAUAGAGGUAAACAAGCAAACUCGGCGUGACUUUCUGCUCCAAAAAGGGUUAUUUAACAUUAACAGAGGGACAAUGCUGCUCCAAAAGCGAGCUGUUUUUGCUCUUGGUCUUCGCAUGUGCUCUACUCAUGUGACGAAAGGACAUUUGAUGGACACAGUGAGACCCAACUCAGACAUGUCUGAAUUCCGCAAGGUCUUUUCCAAAGCCAAGCACAUAGCAAUCAUCACAGGGGCAGGUGUGAGUGCAGAGAGUGGAGUACCAACCUUCAGGGGUGAGAAUGAGAAGUGGAGGAAGUGGCAAUCUCAGGACCUGGCGACCCCAGAGGCCUUCUCUCGCACCCCGUCUCGGGUUUGGGAGUUCUACCAUUACAGACGGGAGAUGGCUUUGAGCAAGAAGCCCAGUGCUGCCCAUCUGGCCAUAGCAGAGUGUGAGGCCCGGCUGAGGAAGCAGGGACGCUCCGUGGUUGUCAUCACACAGUGCAUAGAUGACCUGCACCGACAGGCCGGGUCCAAACACGUGCUCAAGAUUCAUGGCAGUCUGGCCGAGACGCGCUGUGUGAGUUGUGGACAUGUGACUGUGAACAAGCGCAGCCCCAUAUGUGCUGCCCUAAAGGACAAAGGUUCACCUGACCCAGAUGUUGCUGAUGCCCAGAUUCCUGUGGAUAAACUGCCAAGGUGUGGAGAAAGUGACUGCCACGGUCUGCUGAGGCCCAACGUGGUGUUUUUCGGAGAAACUCUGGACUCUCAUAUCCUGACCAAGGUGGAGAAAGAGAUGGAAACCUGCGAUCUCUGUCUGGUGGUGGGCACGUCUUCAAUUGUUUACCCAGCAGCCAUGUUUGGCCCCCAGAUUGCAUCGAGGGGAAUCCCAGUGGCGGAAUUUAACACGAAAACAACACCAAAAACUGAGUAUUUCACGUACCAUUUCCAGGGUCCAUGUGGAACUACACUGCCUCCAGCUUUGGCGCGACAUGAGUCAGAGGUUAUUUAGGAGCCUGUUUGUGAAGAGAACGACUCCACAAACAUCAACCAGUGGCUUUUUCUACAAACUAAUGCAGUCCAGGGCUGGGUGGGGGGUUUCAUAACGUAUUUUAUUCCAAAUGUUUGCCUUAAAAUCAGUUCAGCUGUUGAUACUUGGUAGAUGGAGAGUUAAAGGUCCAGUGUGUGGGACUUAGGGGGAUGUAUUGGCAAAAAUGUAAAAUAAAAGGGAUGCACAAUAUUGGAUUUUUUGCCGAUAUCUGAUACGCCAAUAUAUAACAACUCAUUUGGGUGAUAACCAAUACUAAUAGAUAUAACCACUUUUUCCCCACCUAAUUUGAGGGACCAUCAACUCUCUUCUGUAGUGCAAUUAACAACAUAUAAUGCAUACUAUAUAAUUCAUUCAUUGUGCAAAAUAAGAAAAAUACUUGUUUGAUGUUUUGUUCAUGCUCACUUUGCUAAUAAUU